AUGAGCACCGAUACUCCUCUUUUACAAGAUCCAAGACAACAUCCAGACAAUGCGAACUUACCAAAUGUCAACGAACCUGCGACAAUUCUCGGCGUCACAGUCGCUUUUCUGACACUCGCUAUCUUCACAUUAAGCUUGCGACUAUGGUUCCGUAUCAAAGACCAUCUUUGGGGCUGGGAUGACUUGUUCGUUGUCCUCGCUGCCGUAGCGAGUUUAAUCGGAGAUAUCAUGGUUUGCAUGAUGCCGGAGGAUGGUCUCGGUCUACACUUGUGGACACUCGAUGCUGAGCACCUAAUGUCGUAUUUUAAGCACAUAUACUCGACAAAUGCUGCCUACACCGCAAGCACAGCGCUAAUCAAGGUCUCUAUACUGAUACAGUAUCUUCGUCUCUUUGCCGAAGCCGCACCCUCAACGACCACCGCUCAAUAUCGCCUCGCACGACGCAUUACAUGGACCAUGAUUGCGAUAUGCUCACUGUGGGGGUUGACCUUCUUCUUUCUCGCGCUUUUCUCCUGCAACCCCGUCGCCAAGAACUGGAAUUCCACAUUGCAGGGCACAUGCAUUGGGUGGGGCAGCAAAGACCCUCAGGACUUUUUCCACAUGUUCUUAGGACAUGCUGUCAGUAAUUGCUUGCUGGAUAUUCUGGUCCUGCUUGUACCUAUUCCUUUCGUAACCACAUUAAGGAUUGCGGGUAAAAGCCGAGUAGGCUUGGUCAGCCUGUUUAGCUUAGGCUGUGUUGUCGUCAUCGUAGCCAUCGGCCGCAUGAUCGCCAUGUCUGUCAACAAGGCCGGUACCGAACCGGUUCUCGACAUGUCUUUUCAUAUCCCGGCCGUGUACAUCUUCGCUGUUCUUGAAGUCAACUUUGCCAUCAUCACGGCUUCCAUACCUAUCUUCUGGCCCGCCAUUGCAACACUGGCAUCUAACAAGAUUUUUGUCGUCAACGAAGUACAGAUACAUGUUGAACAUGUCACAAGAAACGACAGCUUCGACUCCAACGGCGGUAUUAGCCUCAGUGACCGGAAGAUAGCGUCAUCAGGCGGAGACAGCAAGAUGGGCGUUGUCACAACGAUAUCCGACCAAACACAUCGGAAGUCAGGCGAAAAGUCAUCCCCGAUAAACCAUCAUCACAAACCAAGCGCUGCCUCAUCUAUUGGCCGUACGAUGGGCACAGACCUCGCUGGCCGUCCCAGUCAAGAAUCAUCACGACACCUAUACCGCAUCCCGAGCAACGAAAACCGGAGUUCAAAAAGUCUCACGCAGAGCGAGGGCGACGACUGGUUUAUGGAAAUGGAUAGGGCGAAUUCACGGGGACAGGUGACGACCACGGUUAAACGAACAUCGCUUCCGUUUGAGCAUACCACGACGUCUGACAAAAAGUAG